AUGGCCCUACCGAAACAUCUUCAAAAUGGCUUAACGCCCGACGAAUUAACCUUCCUAGCGGAGGAAGAGACGAUAGAUAUCGUACCGUUAUUUUCCAUGACGAGGGUACGAUUGUUGAGUGGGAUAUACGGUCCGUUCACACCUCCCUCCUCAGCCAAAGUCCCUUUAUGGCUUGCAUUAUCGUUAAAGAGGAAAAGGAAAUGUAGGAUCGUACCUCCUGAAUGGUUGAGUAUAGACCGAGUACAGAAUGUGCUGAAAGAGGAAAGGGAAAAUGCAGAAUCGUUUUGCUCAUUACCUAGGAGGUUCAUCGAGACCUCAAAGGUAUUAUUGGAUGUCGCUCAAGACGAUUUAAUGCAGCCUUCAUUAUUACGAAGCCUACUGAAAGACUUGAGAGAAGUCAGACAGGCGAAGAUAAGGAUAGGUCUGCAGAGUGAAGGUGUAAUGAGAGGAAGCUAUCUGCAGGUGACGAACCUGACUCCAUUGGAAUUGAGCGAAUUGAAACCUUUCCUGGUGAAAGCUAUGGGUAUCAUGCAAUCUUUAGAACCGAGGAGGGAGGAUGAUGAAGAUGAGGAAGAAGGACAGUAG